AUUUUGCCACUUCCGGUUCCUAUGGGACAAUGGGUGGGGGUUAUGGGUUUGUGGGGAUGGCGUGAUGUCGUCAUUUCCGUUUUCGGCCCUCGACAAUGUCACUUCCGGUUUUGGGUUCUGGCCUCGACGAAAUCACUUCCAGAUCCAGGGACCAAUGACGACAUUUCAUUUUUUAAUUGUUAGCGUUUUUUUUUGGCCCCCCACGAUGAGGAUGCCACUCCCGGUCCCGGUCUCUAUGACAUCACUUCCAGUUCCGGCCCCUACGAUGACGUCAUUUCCUCAACUCCCCUUGAAAGCCGCCAUCUUUGUGCCAGAGAAUCAGUUUGGUCUUGGACUCGAACCCGUGCACAUCGUUCUUGCUUAAAAACCCAAUUUGCCGCCAGGGAGUAAUACAGUGGUGCCUUGGUUUGCAAGCAUAAUUUGUUUCAGAAACGUACGUGUAAUCCAAAGCCCUCGAAUAGCAAAGUGAAUUCCCCCGUAAGAAAUAAUGGACACUCAGAUGAUUCGUUCCGCAACCCAAAACUAUUCACAUAAAAAUGAUUAAUAGAAAAUAUAAAGUAACAAUACAUCAAACAAGUCAAUCUACACUUUACCUUAGAAAAGAAUCGUUACACACACACACGUGGUCGCGAUACUUCAGUAUACGGUAUACGCUCGUACGGAUGUUGACUAUACAAGUGAGGCACACCCAUGGGAGACGAUUACCCACAAUCCCGCAGAAAGAGAGAACAACCAUUGGCUCAGUGGCGGCCUUUUGAAUGUUUGAAGCCCCCCCACGAGAUGCAGAUCGUGCGGCCCGGCAGCAAGCUGGAGGCUAGCAGCUGAUCCCCCAUGACUGUUUAAGAGGGGGUUUCAGAGGAGCAUCCACGUCCCCUGGGGGGCCGCGUUCCCAAUACGUACUACUCGUAUUGCAAGACCUCGCUCGUUUAUCAAGUUCAAAUUAUAUGGGCGGCUGCCCCAAACCUCUUUGGCGUCUCCGGUCAUGUCUUGCGCUCCAUUGAAGGUGCAUCUCUGGAGGUCUCAGACUGGGACAGAACCCCCACGUUUGUUACAAGAUGGCGGUGCGGGAGGAAUGGCGUUUAACCCUUAAAAAACGACAGGUGUCCGCAUCUCCUUCAGCUCUUGUUGUUGGGAGUUAAGAUUUUCACGCUCUUCGUAUUUCAAAUGUGGACUAAUUAUCAUUCCCUAGCAUGCGUCUGUGCCUAUCGUAUAUCGAAGUGGCUCUCCCAGGCGAGUUUCCCCGUAGCUGAAGCUGUGCCGUGAUGGAUGAAUUCCUGCUUAUCUCCACGCCCCUCGGGAUUACGAAAGCCGAUUGCGCCUUCCGCUCCGUUCCCGUUUCAUUCAACCUGCUGCCUUAUCGCUCGAUGUCUGCCUCUUCUUAGUGUCCCGUGAUUGUUCGGCAUGCCCAGAAUUAAUAAUGACACCUUCCCACAAGUCAGACAUUAUAUUAUUAGGAACGCUGAAGCCCCUAUUGCCAGCCUACACAACCCAACACUUGGCAUUUUGAGAAUCAGACGGGCGACGUUUCUGCUCCACUGCUUUGCUAAUCUGGUGGAUGCCCACUUACUAAAUUACAUCUGAACUGUCCUCUCUUGACCUGGGUCGCUCUCCGUGUUGUGGGAGUCUUAGCGCUCCUUAAAAAGCUUUGGCUUUUCCUGCCAUUCAAAAAAUAAAUAAAUAAAUAAACGAUGGGCUACUGCAUGACUGACGUCCUUAUCCCUCUAAUCCACUAAAAGCCAAUCUGGAUUUAAAAGGCGGUCACCCGAGCCUCCCCGAGAUGUAAACAAGCCGCCCGUGUCCCCGCCGAGGUCGUCUCCCACCGCCGUGCGCGUCCAGAAUGGGAAACGGCAAGAGCAGCGCCCUUUCCAAAGGAAUAUUGGAAGACCUGAAGCUCAACACCAAGUACAGUGAAGAGGAGCUCUGCACCUGGUACCAGUCCUUCCUCAAGGAGUGCCCAUCCGGGAGGAUCAGCAAGGAGCAGUUUGAAAACAUCUACGCCAGCUUCUUCCCCGACGCCGACCCAAAAACGUACGCGCAGCACGUCUUCAGAAGCUUCGACACCAACGGGGAUGGCACUUUGGACUUUAAGGAGUACAUCAUCGCUUUGCACCUGACCUCCUCCGGAAAAACGACCGAGAAGCUGGAGUGGGCGUUCGCGCUCUACGACGUCGACGGCAACGGGACCAUCAACAAAAAGGAGGUCCUGGAGAUCGUCACGGCCAUUUUUAAAAUGAUCAGCCCUGACGACCAAGACGAGUUACCAGAGGAUGAAGACACGCCGGAGAAGAGAACCGAUAAAAUCUGGCAAUUCUUUGGCAAGAAGGAAAACGAUAAACUCUCAGAGGGAGAAUUCAUUCAGGGAAUCACGGAAAACAAGGAAAUUCUCCGGCUGAUACAGUAUGAACCGCAGAAGGUGAAGGAGAGGAUAAAGGAGAAGAAGCACUAGAUGCAGAACACGUCCCCUCACAGCAAAGACUCUCUGCUUCAGUAUGGGGGGUGCCGGGGGGGUCUGGUGCCCCACGAUGGCAAGUCAACUUCUCGAUGCCCAUUUCUUUUUAUAGUGCACCGCACUUAGUACCUUACUAGAAACUGAAAACCCUCCGGAUUCCCCAUUGGGAGACGAUGGAUGCCCAUGUGAUCCUCCCCAUCCAAUGAGAAAGGCAGAAUUCUCAAGCCCUUCUUUAUUUUUAUUUUUUUUUAAAGAGGCUUAUGCAGUGUUUCAUCCAUUCUAACCUUAAUUUUGCAUGACAGACUUAUUAUAAAAUCCAUGUAAUAAGGUUCUUUACAAAUCCCUGGCUGACCAAUAAAUCCUCUUAAAGCGUGAAGGUCAUUUCUCUUCAUUCCUCGUCGUCUUUGGGUUGCAGGCGGGCAGCAUUGACUUGUAUCCAUGCGCACAAAUCAUUUGGGGCCAAAGGCAGUGCCAAGGUGUGCGUCUGAGAAUCUGGUGGACGGAGAGGGGCACACUGGCGCAGUGCUCGGGGGGGCAGCCUCUACUCCUUUGGCUGGCGCCGUUUGACCCGUUGGCUCGGUUUCUUCUGUCUUUCCAAUGGGAGCACAGGCAGGUCAGGUGACUUGCUGAGGGUCACACAGGUGUCAGUGGUGGGAUUAGCGAACCCACAGCCUCAACCACUAUGCCACUUUACUGCCCCCCAUUUGCACAAGCGUUUAGCUCAGCUCCGCUCUGUACAAAGGCUUCACGUUCUCUUUGUGCCCACCUGGCACCUCCCGUGAUGUCCCUAAACUGCGGGUGUUUAUGACUGAGUGAGCGAGUGAGUGUGCCCGGUGCCUGAUCGAAACACCCCAAGGUGUCCAGCUCAGUAAAUGGAGGAAAAGGGUUUGACUUUAGUGGCAGCCCACCUUCUCGUUCAGACUGCUGUGGUGGUGAUGGAAGUUUGAGGAGGAACGGCGGAAUGUUCUCGGAUUCCUUCCCGAGCAGGGGUGUCAAACUCGGACACUCGAGGGCUGCCCACUUUCUUAAUGAGUUACCACUGCUAAAAGAUUUUAUUUGACUUGCUUUUAAGACUCGGACCCCUGAAGUGUUUUGGGUUUUUUUUCACUUAAGCAGCAGUCAAACGAUAACGAGAGUCAAAGUGAGCCACCGGGCGAGCAGCUAACCUGAGCCUACGGGCACCUCUGUGUUCCCCUCACAAUGCACAAUCGGAAGAUAACUUUAUUCAAUACACGAACAUAUUUAGAUUAGAUAUUCUAUAUUAUCUCUGUAUUAUAAAAAAAAAUCCUGGAGAGAAACAGUAAGGCGACGAGACGUGAUCUUCAUGUUAAGAUCACGGAAGACACUUAAAAGACCCGCGAGACUAGAGAGACUGGCACAGAGCACAGAGACUUUGUGCCAAGAGAUUGACCAGGGCCGUCUCACGAUGACGUAGAACAUGACAUUCUCACAAGACGCGCCCGACUUACAAAUAAAUAAGAGCCCGGGCAGCAACGCACUCAGUCGUGUAAAGGCGUUGAGCACACGCAGACCCAGGGCUCUCAGCGCAUAUAAAGUGUAUAAGGACAAGACGUUAUCGAUAAAACCUUCUAUUCUUACAAUUAUUAAUAGUAGUUUAACCUCAAGUGUGGUGCCUACAUGCUGUUGUGCAACCACUGCUGAAAAAAACGAGUCUGGACCACUCUGUCAUGUCUAACUUUAGGCCGAUUUCAAAGCUACCUUUUUUGUCCAAACUCCUGCCUACUACGCCAAAUUUUAUCUAUCUAUCUAUCUAUCUAUCUAAUCUAUCUAAUCCUCUAUCGUCUAUACCCGACUGAAGUCCUUCCUGGACGAACAUGCAAUUCUGGACGUGUUCUAGUCGGUUUAAAACUCUGUUAAGGUUUUUAAUGAUAUUAUUCUUUUAACACUGGACUCUGGUGACCGUCCACUACUUAUGCUUCUGGAUUGAACAGCUGCCUUUGACCCGAUAGACCAUGAGAUCCUCUUAUAUGUUAAGCCACAAACUUGGAGAUCCAAAGCUCGCAAAUCCCAAACAGCACUUCCCGUAAUGCCCACUAGAGGGGGUGAAACCAUAACACCUGGCUAGUAACGGGACAAAUACGGGAUCGUCAUCAAUAACGUAUUUAACGGUCCAAAAUCAAAUUCUGAAACAGUGACACCUGCUUUUAUAACGUCUCUCUCACUCUCGUCUAGAUUACUGCAAUGCGCUUCUUUGUGGAUUUAGCCAGGCCUCCAUUACUCACCUACAGCUGGUGCAAAAUGCCACUGCUCGAUUUUUAACUGGCACAAGCAAGCAUGAGCACGUUACCCCGAUUGUGGCUUCCCUUCACUGGCUUCCAGUUCAUUUUCGAAUCCAUUUUAAGAUCCUUGUAUUUGUUU